GUGCCACUUUCAGGUCUCCUCACACUGCUGGUGUGUUCCAUUUUUUGUCAUAGGGUGCUGGCAGAUUACGGGCCUCCCAUUGCUGCUGCCAGGCCCCUAAUCUGCCAUGGGCCCCUGUACCGCCUCCUCAUGCUGCUGCCAGGUCCAGAGUGUGUCAUGGGUCCCUGUACGGCCUCCCAUUGCUGCUGUCUCCAUCGCCACACUCUGCCAUGUGCCACUUUCAGGUCUCCUCACACUGCUGGUGGUUUCCAUUUUUGUCAGAGGGGGCUGUAUGGCCUCCCAUUGCUGCUGCCUCCACCGCCACACUGUGGCUCCACACUCUGGUUUUGGCCCCGUGACUGCCCAAAUGAGUGAAGUGUGCGGUGAUUCUAAGAUCGACGGCACUCAUCUGCAUGUCAUACUG